UUUAAUUAAUAGAUUAAAUAAAAAGACAAAGUUCAUGAUAUAUUUACCUCGACUAAUCGUGACUCGAAAUAUUUCAACUCGAUUUUUUACGAUUAAGAGUGUGGUAACCAUGAUCAGAAACAAUAUGGCCUCCUUGUAGAUAUAGGUGUUUACGUACGCCGUGCCGAACGAAAUAGAUAAUUAUUAAUAAUGGCCAAGCCGAUCGUUUUCGUGACGGGAAAUGUUAAAAAGUUGGAAGAAUUUAUCGCCAUAUUGGGAAAAAAUUUUCCUCGUGAGAUAACGAGCAAAAAAAUAGAUCUUCCAGAAUAUCAAGGCGAGAUCGAUGAUAUUUGUCGAAAUAAAUGUCGCGAAGCAGCGAAGAUCAUUAAAGGUCCGGUAAUCAUUGAAGAUACUUGUCUCUGUUUUAAUGCGAUGAAAGGACUUCCAGGACCAUAUAUAAAAUGGUUUCUGGAAAAAUUAGGACCGGAAGGAUUAUAUAGAAUGCUUCAUGGUUGGGAAGACAAAAGUGCUGAGGCUGUUUGUACGUUCGCUUAUUGCGAAGACGAAGAUGACAGUCCAGUACUUCUUUUUCAAGGUCGAGUUUCAGGUACCAUCGUCGAUCCACGAGGUCCAAGAGAUUUUGGCUGGGAUCCUUGUUUCCAACCUUUAAAUUAUGACAAAACAUACGCCGAAUUACCUAAGGAAGUUAAAAAUAAUAUCUCGCAUCGUAGCAAGGCUUUAGAAAAAUUAAAAACUUAUUUUGUAAAUCAAUCUUAAAUUUAUCAAUAAACGAAAUAUAUAAGAUAUUUAUAAAUCAUCUCUUAUUUAUAAAAAAUCGCAUAAAAAUAACAAUGAUGAAAAAAUAAAGUUAUAUGUACGUACACGCUGUAGCAUAGAUCGUAUCUUAGAUAUUUAAUUUCUUACAAUAUAGUUUGUAUAAUGUAUUCAUUUUUACAUUAAAACAUCGAAUGAUGCAAUAAAAUUAAGAAUUUAAUCAUAUUUUUAAAAUGUAAAUACCCGUUAUAAAUAAGAUAUCAUAUAUCGUGGAUAGAAAACAAAACUGAUUUUUUGGGAAAAGUAUAUCUAAGGUUUAAUUUGAUUUUUAUAUCUAAAAGAAUAAAGUAAGAGGUACAUAUAUAUAUAUAUAUAUAUAUAUAUAUAUAUAUAUAUACGGGUCUAUAUAUACAGAUAAAUGAAAAAAUAAUCAGUUUCAUUCAUUUAAAACCAAUUAUCAAAUUUAUGCGAAAUUUAUAAUACUUACAUUAUUGUUUAUGAACAAAAAAUGAAUUAUCGAUCAUUAUUAAAUUGGUAAACACGUAAUCUCGUUUUUGUCAAUUCGUUAUAUGUAAGUAAUAUCAAGAAAUGUUCCAAGUUAAUUGGUAUUAAUCACAGGUCUUUAAAUUUUGUAAAUAUUGUAUCUAAAUAUAAAUUAAAAAUCCCACAAAAUGAUUAAAGAUUUUUAAUUAAUAAUCUCUAUGUGAAAUAAUUUAUUAAAUAUAGUAGACAUUUACUAGAAGAAAUCAAUAAUUGUUUCAUCCUAAGGUUAUCGGUAAGUCUCGUAUAAUAAUCAGUAUUUUGUACAUAUAUAUACAUAUGUAUAUAUAUAACAACCGAAUAUUAUAGCGUAGACUGACUAAGUAUUAAACUUUCCAUAUUGUUAUUCCUUCUAUCUCGAUAAGUCGAUGUAAUUCUUAACACAUAUUCUUUGUUCAUAUUCUUUGUGCGAUAUAACGAAGAAAUUAAAUUUGAUAUCACCUGAUCACAUAUAUUCCUGAUCACAUAUCACACCUGAUCACAUAUAUUCGGCAUAACACAUGUCAUAUAUAUUCUAAAUUUAAUCAUAUUAUUUAUGAUUUCGUUUUUGUAAUCGCUAAAAUAUUAAUAAAUUAUUAAUAAAAGCAU